AUGAAGCUAUGGUCUUUUGCACUUUGGGUCACCUUGGUGAAGGCCUGGGUUGUCAAUGAAGGGACAACAUGUGUCUUGUAUCCUGAAUCACUGGUUCACCAUGGACAAGCUGUGGAUGAUUCUCCCUCCAUCCAGCAAGCCUUUGACAUGUGCGGCACAAAUGGUACGGUCAUCUUCUCCAAAAGUGUCUUCCAUGUCAAUACUGUUCUGAACACAACCAAUCUGCUGAAUUGCGAUGUUCAUCUGCGGGGUGAACUACGCUUCUCCACCAACCUUCCGUACUGGAGAACUCAUUCGUACAGUGUUGUCUUGCAGGACCAAGUCACAGCGUGGCUUUUUGGCGGUACAAAUGUGAAUUUCUACGGCGAGGGUGGAUUUUACAACGGCCAGGGCCAAGCUUGGUACAAUGCCAACAGAAAUGAGUCGAACCAGCCAGGACGGCCCAUGAGUAUCACUUUCUACAACUCAACCAACCUUCUUGUCGAUGGAUUGCGGAUCAUCCAGCCGCAAUUCUGGGCCACAUUUGUCUGGGACAGCAAGAACGUCUCGGUGACCAACCUAUUUGUCAACGCCACCAGCAACAGCAAAUGGGGCACAAUGAACACCGACGGCUACGACUCCUGGAGGAGUGAUUCUCUUCUCGUGGAAAAUGCCACCAUCAUCAACGGUGACGACUGUAUCGCAGCCAAAGGAAAUACGACCAACUUGCUCGCCAGAAAUAUUUACUGCGAAGGCGGUACUGGAAUCACCAUUGGAUCCAUCGGCCAAUACCCAAACAUGCCCGACUACAACAUCAACACCACCUUUGAGAAUGUGAAAAUCAAAAACUCAAUGGAUGGUGCCUAUAUCAAGACCUGGCAAGGCACUCGAAUCUACACUCCCAGUAAUGGGGACUGGGGCGGCGGUGGAACUGGCCUCGUCAAGAACAUCACCUUCCGCAAUUUCGAAAUGGAAAAUGUCGGGCUUCCCAUUCAGAUGUCACAGUGCGUUUACUCGGCUGGAACCAACAAGGGCUGCAACACCUCGACACUGCAAAUUGAGGACGUCAAAUGGCAAAACAUCCACGGCACGUCUCGGUUUAACAUCGCGUCGUCCAUUUACUGCUCUGACGAACGCCCGUGCCCCAACAUCACUUUUGAAAAUGUGAACAUCACCAGCGUGAAUGCCAGUCUCGGUCUUCCUUACUAUGACACCGACAUUCAGCACGAAUUGUUCCAGUGCACGAAUAUCCUUGGGCAGAAGGACUCUGGAAUUCCCUGUAACCAAGCCGCUCCUAGUAAUUUCAGUCAGUGGAUCUAUGGGAAUGUCGAUAGCUCGGGUCUUGCAACUCUGACGUGA